AUGACGGACAACACCACAACCGCCCCCGAGGCGGUCCGCGAUGCUCAACAACUCACAUCAUCCACGCACGCCGACAUUCGAGACCGCACCUCUUCAAACCACACCUCUUCAAACCAAACCUCAUCAACUCACACCUCAUCAACUCACACCUCAUCAACUCACACCUCAUCAACCCACACCUCAUCAACCCACACCUCUUCUGACGACACCUCUUCUGACGACACCUCUCCCGAUGCCACCUCUUCCGAUCCCACCACUGCAGACAAUGCCACUCCAGACGCCGUCGCUCCAAGACAAGUCUUUCCGCUGCCUCGAGAGCUUCGCGACAUCAUCUAUGGCCAUCUUCUCGAUGCAGAGCAAGUGGUCGCACCAUGCUCUCGAGACGUCCGAGUCGCACGCGCAGCUGCGACAGGCCAACCAGUCGAGACACAUCCACACGAUGUCAGCUUGGCUCACACCUACGAGUUCCACACCAACAUCCUUGCCGUCAACAAGACUAUCAACGAAGAGGCGAAGAAGGUCUUCCGUAAGAACAACUUCGUGUUGACCGACGUUUGGUGGCCGAAUAUCUCGUCCACGCUGCACGAGCUUGAUGUCCCUGUCAUCUGCGAAGACAAUAAGAAGAGCCUCCUCGCUUUGCGAUAUGCUUCGCUGGUGUUUACCGUAACUCACCCAGACCCAAUGGACGGCGACCCGACCAAUAGAAUGGUGCUUGCUGGCCGCGACUUCCCCAUCUUCCGCCGAGCUAUGCGUUGGACCUUCAAGCAGCUCAAGACGACAGUCGAGCUCACUAUUUCCGGAAAUGACAACCCAGGACGGACCUUUACAAUCCUCAUGGGAGGCAACAGUCCCCAGAUCAUCAAGACCGGUAUCCUCAUCACCGACAAAGACUUCCUCACCAAACACGCUAAGAUUUUCAUACCCGAGAUCAAGACAAUGUCAGUCCCGGGUCAGGAGGUCAAGGUGUUCCUCGGAGGUCCUCAGGGCUUCAACCAAGCUGCAUCACAGUUCAUAGAGAAUGACAUGAGCCGCAAGACGUUCGAUGUAGAGAUGUUCAUCACGGACUGUCUGCAGGGGACCAUGCUCGUGAGAAAGGCCGCCGAGGAGAUGGCGAGCAAGGGAGUUCGGGGUCAGAAACUUGCUGUCGUCCGAUACACCAACAUCAUCCGUGCUUAG